ACCUCAAUGAUUGGCUAUAUAUUUGUCCAUCCCUUCAUCCAAUCCUGCACACUUGGUCACUCGACGCAGUUGCACUGUGCACGCAUAUCAUUAAGUUGCUGUCUUUCCUUGGCUUCUGGAGGAGAUGAGGCUGUGGUUGGUGGUCAUAUGGUUGUUCGUUUGUGCGGCGGCUCUUCCGGGCGGCGAGCAGCCGCUGUCGAGGAUCGCAAUCGAGAAUACGACCCUCGCCAUCGAUGACUCCGUACAUAUAAAGGCGUCCCCAUUGGUUCUUGGGCUCAAGGGUGAGAACAGCGAGUGGGUAGAGGUAGAGUUCUUCCAUCCAAAUCCCUCUGAUGACGACUGGAUUGGCGUGUUUUCUCCUGCAAAUUUCAGUGGUGCGAUCUGCGAUCCUGAAAAUGAGUGGCAACAACCUCCGGUGCUAUGCACAGCACCUAUCAAGUACCAAUUUGCAAAGUUCAAGAAUGAUGGAUAUAAUAGGUCUGGGAAGGGAAACUUGAAGCUUCAAUUGAUCAACCAGAGGGAAGACUUCUCUUUUGCACUAUUCUCCGGUGGUCUGUUGAAGCCCAAGCUCAUUGCUGUCUCAAACAUGGUCACCUUUGCAAACCCAAAGGCACCUGUCUACCCACGUUUGGCACAAGGGAAGUCUUGGGAUGAAAUGACAAUCACCUGGACAAGUGGAUACAAUAUAAAAGAAGCAGUUCCUUUUGUUGAAUGGGGUGCAAAAGGCGGGCCUCGGUUUCUUUCCCCAGCCGGAACAUUAUCAUUCAACAGAAAUAGCAUGUGCGGAGCACCUGCUCGAACGGUUGGUUGGCGCCAUCCAGGUUACAUUCAUACUAGUUUCUUGAAGGAUCUGUGGCCAGACUCCAAGUAUACCUACAGGCUUGGCCAUAGGUUACCAAAUGGUACCCAGGUCUGGAGCAAGAUAUAUAGCUUUAAAGCAUCACCUUAUCCUGGACAGGAUUCCUUGCAACAAAUUGUCAUAUUUGGAGAUAUGGGAAAGGCAGAGGCAGAUGGUUCCAAUGAGUUCAAUGACUUCCAACCUGGCUCACUGAACACUACUAACCAGAUCAUUAGAGACCUAAAAAACAUUGACAUGGUGCUUCACAUUGGGGACAUUUGCUACGCCAAUGGCUACUUGUCUCAGUGGGAUCAGUUCACCUCACAGAUUGAACCAAUUGCAUCGACUGUACCAUACAUGAUUGGCAGUGGUAACCAUGAAAGAGACUGGCCCGGGACUGGAUCUUUCUAUGGAAAUCUUGACUCAGGUGGAGAAUGUGGUGUUCCUGCGCAAACUGUAUUCUAUACUCCUGCUGAGAACCGUGCAAAAUUCUGGUAUGCGACAGAUUAUGGCAUGUUCAGGUUCUGCAUUGCUAACACAGAAGAAGACUGGAGGCCAGGGACCGAGCAGUACAAGUUCAUUGAGCAAUGCCUGUCGUCCGUCGACAGGCAGAAGCAGCCCUGGCUCAUCUUUCUGGCCCACCGUGUUCUUGGGUACUCAUCCUGCACUUACUAUGAGACAGAGGGCACAUUCGAGGAACCGAUGGGACGAGAAGCGCUGCAGGAGCUCUGGCAGAAGUACAAGGUUGAUCUCGCCUUCUACGGUCAUGUCCAUAACUAUGAAAGGACAUGUCCAGUCUAUCAGAGCCAAUGCGUCGUUGAUGCAUCGGAUCAUUACAGUGGCCCGUUCAAGGCAACAACACAUGUGGUUGUUGGUGGUGCUGGCGCUAGCAUUGCAGAUUCAGCAUUCACCACAUCAAAUAUCCAGUGGAGUCACUUCAGGGAUUUCGACUUCGGGUUCGUCAAGCUCACGGCCUUCAACCAGUCAUCCUUGCUGUUUGAGUACAAGAAAAGCCACGACGGCAACGUGUAUGAUCAUUUCACAAUCUCACGGGAUUACAGAGAUGUCCUGGCUUGCUCCAUCGACAACUGCCCAAGGACUACGCUGGCUUCCUGAAGCCCCAACACUUUCAAACGGGGAAUCAGUUGAUCUGCUAAUGGUUGCCGGUUUGUGUGUGGCCCAAUACAAUUGUCUAAGAUAUUUACGUAUCUUAGAAACUUGUAUUGGCUACCUGAAACUCCAGUACAUUCAGACGGGGGAAUCAGUCGAUGUGCUACUGGUUACUGGUGUGUAUGUGGCCCAAUACAAGUCUGUAAGAUAUUUAAAUAUUCCAGUUCUCUAUACGAAAUAAAUUAAAAUAAACGGUUCUUAA